CAUGCCCAUUUUGUCCAUUUCGACAAUCAUCUUAUCUGAGCUGUAUGAAAUGACAGAAAAUGAAGAAUGGAUUCCAGACUGAGGCCUUAGAAGAGAUAAUGUCCCCCACAGACUACACUACCCAGGGUGCACCAGCCCUUGCGGAAGUUGGCUCCGAUUGGCUGACCUGACCCCGCCCCUGCUACUCCCGUCCGGUUACUGUUUUACUGCAGAGAGAGGAGCUGAAUCUGAUACCAAGAAGAGCAAACAACCUCAGAGCUGUCAGAAGACAACACCAUGGCUACACACGCUGCUAGCAUGUGCUGCCGCUUGUUUGACAGACAGCCCUGUUUAACGCAAGUCAGGAAACUGUUGGUCCGGUGCGUUAACGGGAACAUCCAGCGGCUGUAUUCCGGUGCUACGCAGAAAGAAAACCAGCUUGAACUUGGAGACUCGACUUCAUCUGCUGCCAACUUCACCUCACCUCUGAAAACCAGGUCAACACAGGAGACGCUCAGGGAUGACAGCAUACUACCCUUUUCAGCGUUCUUGACUGACAACUUUGGACGAAGACACAGCUACCUGCGCAUCUCUCUGACUGAGAAAUGCAACCUGCGCUGUCAGUACUGCAUGCCCGAGGAGGGCGUGAAGCUCACACCGCGGGGCCAGCUGCUGUCCACCUCGGAGAUACUGACCGUGGCUCGGCUCUUCGUCCACGAGGGGGUGGAAAAGAUCCGCCUCACCGGAGGAGAGCCCCUCAUCAGACCUGACGUGCUGAAUAUCAUCGAAGAACUGAGGAAGCUGGAGGGCCUGAAAACCAUCGCAGUGACAACCAACGGCAUGAACUUGGCUCGGCUUCUGCCCAAGCUGAAAGAUGCUGGCCUUGACCUGAUUAACAUCAGCCUGGAUACACUGGUCCCUGCCAAAUUUGAGUUCAUUGUCAGGCGGAAAGGGUUCCACAAGGUCAUGGAGGGCAUUGAUAAGGCCAUUGAAAUGGGCUACAACCCUGUAAAGGUUAACUGUGUGGUCAUGCGAGGCCUCAACGAGGAUGAGCUGCUAGAUUUCGUGGCGCUGACGGAGAAGAAGCCUCUAGAGGUGCGCUUCAUUGAAUACAUGCCCUUCGAUGGCAACAAGUGGAACUUUAAGAAGAUGGUGAGUUACCAGGAGAUGCUGGACCACAUCAAGCAGCAGUGGCCCAACCUGGAAAUGCUUCAAACUGGAGGCACGGAAACUGCCAAGAUAUUUAAAGUGCCAGGCUUCAAAGGCCAGAUGGGCUUCAUCACCUCCAUGUCUGAACAUUUCUGCGGCUCCUGCAACCGCUUGCGUAUCACUGCAGAUGGCAGCCUCAAGGUAUGCUUGUUUGGGAACUCUGAGGUGUCUCUGAGAGAUGUCUUGCGCUCCGGAGCAUCGGAUGAAGAGCUACUGCAAAUCAUCGGAGGUGCUGUGGGCAGGAAGAAGAAACAACAUGCAGGAAUGUUUACCAUCUCCAAGAUGAAGAACAGACCUAUGAUCCUCAUUGGCGCCACAUCCCGCAGGCCUUCGUCUCUGCCGAAUUCACAAGACGGCCAGAGAGCUUUCCCCAUUGUUUCCCAUCAUACAAACGACACAUCCCUCUCUCCAGCGGCGGCUCCUCACGCGUGCCGCUCAGGCAGCAGCAGCAGGAGAGUCCUGAACAGAGAGUUUUUGUGCCUUCCAGACUGCACUGCUUCAACACAGGCAGCCCAUGUUUGCUGCUCUAGGACCUUAAAGAGUGGAGGUACCCAUGUUCGGUCACAUAUCAACAAUGAAGAAGAACCUAAUGCGACGGACAGCCUCCACCGCGCAGCACCCCUUCACUCCUCUGAGUUCGGUCUCACUCUCCUCAGUCGUCACACUGAGACUGAAAGUUUUACUGCACGCACAAACGCCAUGAGCUACAUUAAUGAAGACUGUCUCAGGUACGCACAAGCCAGGGGUCCUAACGCUUUAAAGAGACACUUACUCAGGAUCCCUGGAACAUCUCUUUUUUGCACACAACUAAUGAAUGCCAAAAUAACUCACAAUGUCAGACUGUGCCACAAUCAAAGUUCCAGCGAAGACCCCAGCGUCAAACAAUCCGUUACUGGUCAAACACAGUCGGGCACAAAUGUCAACAACACUGAAGCCAAGCUGACGCAUACGGACGCCCAGGGCCGAGCCACCAUGGUGGACGUUGGCGGGAAAGCCCUCACACGUCGGACAGCCGCCGCCCGCGCCACCGUCAUCCUGGGCCCCGCCGCCUUCCGGCUGCUCCGGGAUAACCAGCUGGCUAAGGGCGACGCCUUGGCCGUGGCGCAGCUCUCCGGCAUCAUGGCUUCCAAGCAGACCUCGGCCCUCAUCCCGCUCUGCCACCCGCUCCCCUUAGACCACGCCUCUAUCGCCUUCGAGCUCGACGAGCAGCAGAACGCCGCGGUCAUCACGGCCACGUGUCGUACCACAGGCAGGACGGGAGUCGAGAUGGAGGCUUUGACGGCCGUUUCCGUCGCCGCGCUGACCAUCUAUGACAUGUGCAAGGCGGUGAGCCACGACAUCGUCAUUACAGAUGUAAAACUGGUCAGCAAGACGGGCGGAAAGAGGGACUUUCAUCGGCAUCCAUCACCUCCUCCCUCACCAUUAAAUCCAACCCAGGACAACUGAGAAUGAAUUGUAAGCAUCAUGAAGACCACCAGUUUUCAACAGAAUUGUCAUAUUUUUCUACAAACUGAAAUUUAUGCCAUCAGAAUGACAUCAAAUCUACACAUGAAGCCCCUUCCUGUCAGCUUUUUUUGUUAACGUUCUUUCUCAAACAGAGAACGGGGGUGUGGUUGAUAGUCGGAUGUAAUUCAUUACCAUGGCAACCAGAUUGCAUCGUUUUUCAACCCAGUCUAGAUGAAAUCGGCUUCGAUGAAUUUACUGUUUAUCAGACCACAAAUUAGACAAGAAUUAGCGCAACACACCGACUCU